AGAGACUUGAGGACUCUCUAACUGUUAACGUUGGCCUUAGCGUAUACAAAACGAACAAAAAUAACACCUGGCUGUUUCUGUAAUUAAUGUUAUUGUCUUUCUUUUGUUAUUCCAUUAAGAUAAAGUAGUUGCCACAUGAGAGACACUUAACAGCUGAAUAAAAUUGCAGGCAUCAUUUAGAUGAUUGUGGAGUAUUUUAAUACAAACAGGAUUUUUUAAUAAUUAUAAUGGAUCAUUAAUUUAGAGAUGUUGUCCAACGAGGGAGAGAGAGAGGUCACCAACUUCCCUGACUUUCCAGCAUUGGGAAAGUUAAUCAUGAAGGAAGAACCUAUCAACUCUUACAUCAGCCAAAACAAAACUAAAUUAAUGGUAAUGUGUUCCUUUUGUUAUCCCAUUAAGACAUAGUAGUUGGCACAUGAAAUGAACACUUUUUUUUUUAAUUCAAAAUUUUAUAAACUUUUAUAACGGAACACACCGUGGAUUACAAAAACCGGCAGAAAAUGAUAAUAUCUCCGGAAGCAAUAGCCCAAAAGAAAGAGACAAUAACAAUGAGGUAGGAUAAUAUGAAAAAAAAAGCAUUAGAGAGCCACAGGUACUAAAACUGGAACUAAUGGACUGAUCAUAACUCGCAGACACUCCUGAGAAACAUGAGACCGAAGAUAACCAAAGAACCCAUGACUUAGGCAAAUCCAACCCUGAAGGGUACACCACCAAGCCAAAACAGGUGCACCAUCAGGACAAGCAUGUGCGAGGAUAAACUUACAUCAACACCAGAGACUGUUGCAAACCGGAGUCAAGGCAGAACCAAGUCAAAACCAAAUACCUAGGCUCAAGGACACAAGAACUUGAAAUGCUAAAGGGAAAAACACCGGCGAAGAUUUACAGGUCUUACACGCGGAUACUCGUUAGGCAGAAUAGAGAUCUAAAGAGCUAAAACUGGUGACCUCCUCGCAAGAGAAAACCUACAAAUCAAACUCACUGCUUCGUCUCGAAACGCUCGCCCAAUCCAUGGUAGAUAAAGGAGAGGUCUAGUAGAUUCCUCCACAGCAAAUAUACCUCACACUGACGAAUCCAAAAAGCUAGAACAAGGCGAAAAAAGAAUUGACCAUAACUGCAAGCAACCAAAGAGAAACAGAAGCACCACAACCCAAAUCUAAAGCAACCCUCGACUUGACAACAACGACCUUCACCUAAACCACCAUAAACCAUAGAAACCUAGAUUAAACUAAAGAGAAAGAGGAGAUCCUCCCUCACAUAGCGACGAUGAAGAGCACCGCCAACCACGGAGGGAGAUCAGAUGACCUAGAGUUUUCUUCUUCUUUUCUCUCUUGACGGCUUGACCUAAUUUUUGCACAUGAAAGGAACACUUAAACAAGUAUUUUAAUAGAAAUGGGAUUUUAAUAAGUAUAAAGGAUUAUUUAUUUAGAGCAGUUGUCCAACGAAGAAUGAAAGGAGAGAGAAAGAAAGAGAGGUGUCACCAACUUCCUUGAUUUUCAGCACUGAGAAAGGCAUCAGCCCCUGCUUCUUGGACUAGAUCUAGAACUAUCUUCAACAUAGAGGUUAAGCAAUGGAGAAAAAGCAAGAAAAGAAAAGGAUAGUGUUAGUUCCAGUUCCAGCACAGGGACAUGUAACUCCCUUUAUGCAGCUUGGGAAAGCCCUUAGUUUGAAAGGCUUCUUAAUUACAGUAGCUCAGGGACAGUUCAAUCGAAUAAGCCCUUCACCAGACUUCCCUGGGUUUCAGUUUGUCACCAUACCCGAAAGCUUACCUGAGUCUGAACUGAAGAGACUCGGGCCAAUCGAGUUUGCGUUAAAGCACAACAAAACGAACGAGGCAAGCUUCAAGGAUUGUAUAGCUCAGUUGUUGCUUCAACAAGGUAAUGAUAUAGCAUGUAUCAUCUAUGACGAGUCCAUGUACUCGUGUGAAGCUGCAGCUAGAGAGUUUAAGAUUCCCUGUGUCAUCUUCACCACUACAAGUGCUACAAAUCAUGCAUCACGAUGCGUUCUCAGCAAACUCAAUGCCGAGAGGUUCUUCUCCGACAUAGAAGAUCCAGAAGUGCAAGACAAGGUGGUUGAAAAUUUGUAUCCAUUAAGAUACAAACACCUACGACCUUCAGGACUUGGGCCAUUAGAGCCACAUCUGGAGAUGCGUAGGGAAAUAGUCAACAAAAGAACAGCUUCCGCUUUCAUCAUAAACACGUCAAACUGUCUAGAGAGCUUGUCUCUGUCUUGGCUGCAACAAGAACUCAAAAUUCCAGUGUACCCCUUAGGCCCUCUUCACAUUACAGCUUCAGCGCCUUCCAGUUUAUUGAAACAAGACAGAAGCUGCAUUGAAUGGCUGAACAAGCAGAAACCGAGGUCAGUCAUAUACAUAAGCAUGGGAAGCAUGGCUCACAUGGAAACCAAGGAAGUUGUGGAGACUGCGUGGGGGUUGUCUGAUAGCAACCAACCAUUCUUAUGGGUCACCGGAAGCGGUUCUAUCACUUGUCCCGAUUGGAUAGAGACAUUUCCAGAGGAACUGCGAAAGACGGUGUCAGAAAGAGGAUACAUUGUGAAAUGGGCACCGCAGAUAGAAGUACUUGCGCAUCCUGCAGUGGGGGGCUUCUGGAGCCACUGUGGAUGGAACUCAACGCUCGAGAGCAUUGCGGAAGGAGUUCCAAUGAUUUGCAGGCCUUUUCAUGGCGAGCAGUUGUUAAACGCUAUGUAUAUAGAAAGCGUCUGGAGUGUAGGAAUUCAGCUUGAAGGUGAAGUUGAAAGAGUAACGGUCGAGAGAGCUGUGAAAAGGUUGAUUGUGGAUGAAGAAGGUGCAUGCAUGAGGGAUAGAGCUCGUCUUCUAAAAGACAAGGUCAAAACUAGUGUGAGAAACGGAGGCUCUUCAUAUAAUGCAUUGGAUGAGCUCGUCAAGUACUUGGAGACUGACUAAGGAGCUGCACUUCAUGUAUUACAAUAGAUCACUGAAUGAUUGGUUCAUCAGGAAAAAAAAAACAGAUCAGUGAAUGUUUUGA